UGAGGAUUUAAUGCCCCCCCCACCCCCGCGAGAGGGAGUCCGUGGUUGCUCAUCGUCGUCUUUGUUGUUGCGCCUUUACAUCGCGCAUCUUGUGCUCGUCUUCGUCUGCCACCGCCAUGGAGGAUCUGAGCGCUGUGAUGGACAUCUUCGUGUGCGAGUUCUGCGCCAACUGUGAAGGAGGCGCGGGGAGCGUCUCCAUGAGGAAGCACGCGCUGCAGAAUCUGCUCGUGAAGCACAUGCGGCCCUACCUGGCGGGCGCCUGCGACCCGGAUGAAGUGCGCAAGAUCAUGGGGGAUCUUCACGAGAACCAAAGCGCCAGCGUGGACUUCCAAGCGUUCAUGGCUGCGUGGACGAGGAUCCUCGUGGCCGGCCAUGCCCCGUUCCAGGAGUGCGUGUUCCUCACCAAGGGGCCCUGUGGUCGGCCCAUUUUUGCUGAUAAACCGAAAUAAAUCCCUUUAAAAAUAUGAUGAAUAAUACAAUCGGUGGCAAGCUGGUCCUGGUCUUGGUGAAUUGUGCGUGUGAAGUUGGGAACCAGCGAGCUGUUGUGGUUGGUUCUUCUCGUGAUGAAAAUUGGGUUACUGCCAAUGUCGGUGGGCUUCAUGGAUCGCUAGGUUUGCUUGACCCAAAAGAAGCAACUAGCGUGGCACUGUCUUCACAUGUUAGGAGAAUCGGGCUCUCUGCUGUUUAAAAUCAGGUCGGUGGUAGGUGGCAUUGACACCAAAUUUUUAGCUCUCCAAAAACCGGUACAUCAUGCAAAGUAUUUAAUUCUUCCAUAAAAAAAGAAUAGGCGGUCCAAAACAGGUGGCAUUUGAUGCCCAGUUAUUAGCGCCCUGAGAACGGAUACUUCCCUGGAAUAUUUCAUUCUUCUGUAAAAAAAAAAUCAAGUUCCAGGAAAGGCUAACUAUGAAGUAACCUUGUCUGCAGGUUUUUGAGACUGAGAGCCUUUGACUCAAGUUAAAUAUAUGCUCAAACCUCAUGGCAAGGGGCUGUGUUGACGAUGUGCAGAUAAAUAUUCUAUUGAUAUUUGAGGGGAAUGGCACGUUAGCCGAAGUCAUUCACUGGGCAUUAAAACGCGUUUUCCAAACGUUGGUGGAAACAAAGGUAUAGAGCGAGUGGCCACCUCCAGGAGUUGGUGAUCUAAUUUAGCGUGCGAUGGGAAUUGAUGUGAAAACGCAACUCGGAAGUGACCCCCCCCCCCCCCC